AGGGGCCGUCCCCCGCUCCUCUCCGCGUCGCGCCCGCCGUCGGUGCCGGUGAAGGCGGCGGCGGUGGCGGUGCCGCCGUCUCCCACCGUCCCCCUUGCCCCGGCCCCGCGUCCCCAUGGCCGGGCAGGAGUGGGACUGGUUCCAGCGCGAGGAGCUCAUCGGGCACAUCAGCGACAUCCGAGUGCAGAACCUCCAAGUGGAACGAGAAAAUGUACAGAAGAAGACUUUUACCAGAUGGAUAAACCUACAUUUGGGAAAGUGCAAGCCUCCUCUGAAAGUGAAAGACUUGUUUAUUGAUAUACAAGAUGGCAAAAUCUUGAUGGCGCUACUGGAAGUCCUGUCAGGACAAAAGCUGAUGCACGAAUACAAAUCUUCAACCCAUCGCAUUUUCCGUUUGAACAACAUCGCUAAAGCACUUAAGUUCUUGGAGGACAGUAAUGUAAAGCUUGUUAGCAUCGAUGCAGCAGAAAUAGCAGACGGAAAUUCCUCUCUGGUACUUGGGCUAAUAUGGAACAUAAUCUUGUUUUUUCAGAUUAAGGAGCUAACAGGCAACCUUAACAGGAAUUCCUCCUCGUCCAGCCUGUCCUCUGGGCCCAGUGGUCCAGAGUCAGACACAUCUCAUCCCAGCACUCCCAGUGUGGAGAGAAACAUGUCCAUUACAGUGAAAGAUCAGCGGAAAGCCAUCAGAGCUCUUUUAAUCUGGGUUCAGAGAAAAACCAGGAAGUAUGGUGUUGCAGUUCAGGACUUUGCCAGCAGUUGGAGGAGUGGCCUUGCUUUCUUAGCUGUCAUAAAAGCAAUAGACUGUACUUUGGUAGAUAUGAAGCAAGCGCUGGAGAAAUCGGCUCGAGAAAACCUGGAGGAUGCUUUCAGCAUAGCACAAAAUAAGUUGGGUGUUCCUCGGCUCCUAGAACCAGAAGAUAUCAUGGUGGAAUCACCUGAUGAGCAGUCGAUUGUGACAUAUGUGGCACAAUUUCUGGAGCACUUCCCAGAGCUGGAAGGGGAAGACUUUACAGAUCCUGACAAGGAGCUUCCAAUUGAGUCCACCUAUGUCCGCAUCAAAGACACACCUUCAGAGAAGGAAGGCAAAAUACUGAUUUUAAGUGAAAGCGAAGAAAACUUGUAUACUGUUAACCAUGAGAGGAGUCAUCCUGCUCCUCCAAAAGUACAUAUUCAUGACACCCCUGAGAUAAUCCCGUCAGAAAACAUUGCUGAAAAAUGCAAUGGAAAACUGAGUCAUUCAGAAACAUCUGAAGAGGAGCCUCAGAGGCCUACCUCACUGAAAAUUACUGGAUCUGUCAGUUUUGAAUCCAGUUCCUCUUGGGAGGUUCUAAGUGAUAAAUUCAUGUCACAUGAAGGAAGCAUAUCUGAUGAUCCGCUGAAACUGAAUGAUGACCUUUCUCCAGCUGCUCUGACAGACCAGAAGAAUUCUGUUGAUUCUUUUGAAGACUACUCUGAAGAAUUAACUAAAGAAACCUCUACUGAAUACGAUAAUGAAACUAAGAGCCUUUCAGCCAACACUUCUUCUCUGAGUCCAUUAUCCUGGACUUCAGGUAUCCUCACAGAUGAAUCUGUAAAUAAAGUAGAAGAGUGCAAGCCACAGACUUCAAUUCUUUUACCAGAAGAUACCUCAAAACAAGAAGACACACAUAAAUAUGUUCUUCAUCUAAGUGAGGAAACAGUGAAACUUCCAGAAAAUGAACAUACAGAGCAAUCACCUGUCUUAGAGACAAAAGAAACUGAGCAUUGUUCACUCAAUCUCAAAAGCCAAGAACUAUCUACACAGCAUGAAACAUCUGAUGACUCUCUCUCAGAUGCACCUAAAAAUCCCGAUGAUCUGGACAGCUGUGAUGAAAUGGAGUCUCCAACUGAAGUGCUGUCCAGUUCUUCAAAAGUAUCCGUAAUACCCCACAAUCUCUUUUACUAUCCACAUUAUAAUGUUCCCAUAUCAGCAGUUUUGAAUGCUUACCUUGAGCCUUGUCUCGAAGGUUAUGAUACUAGCAAUGACAAAGCUUCUUCUGAAACAAUAACUGGUAGUUUACAUGAGGAGGACUUAUUAGAACAGAACUCCAAAGAAGAUAGUCCAGAGUCAGACUUAGGAGAUAAACUAAGUGUCCCUCCAUCAGAAAUGGAUACUGAGAAUGGUGAGGAGGAAACAACAGAUACUAACAGUCCUGUGGAUUCUUCUGAAGAAAAAGAAGUGCCAUUACUAGUAGGGGAAGAGUCAGAAACUGAGAAAUCUGGCAAAAUGGCCACCAACCUCGAAGAUUCCACUGUUCCACAACAUCCUGAGCAGGCCAUAGCAGAACAUCUAGAGGAUUUAUCAAAAGCCAUAGAGACACCAGAAAAGAGUAGUAACAGGGAGGAAGAAGGGGAAAGUGUGAUCAAAACAGAAGACCUGCAGAUUUUGGAAGCUGCCACUUCCUCUCUGCCACAAGAUAAACUGGAAGAAAUUGCCGAUGGUCAGGAAUUGACCAGAGACAGCGACAGUGGUUCCAACGUUUAUCUCCGAAAAAGAGCUCCGAAUACUUCUGAGAAGGAAACCUAUGGUGUAAGUGAACAGGAGACAACAGCUGUGGGUGAAAAUCCAUUCAUCAUUGGGAAGAAGGACUUGGAACCAACUGGGAUUCCAACACCAACUCAUGAGAUUACGAUUUCUGAGCAGCCGGAGCUAUUUUACUUCAUCAUUUUCUUCUGGGUGCUGGUCUACUGCCUUUUACUCCUUCCACAGCUUCUUAGCAACAAAGUUUGAUCUCUGUGAGGUGUGGAAAAAUAAACGAUGCUGGCUGGAUUGCUUUGUGUAUCUGCAUAUGAAUAUGUACCUUCAGGUGAAGCACAAACAGAAAUGCAGGACCUGGUAUUUGUGUGUUUUAUCAGGUUGUUCCUUAAUUCCUCUGCUGUUGUGCUCUGACAGUGUCUGGGCACAUUUUAUAUGAUGAUAAUUGUGUACAUAUAUAUAGAAAUUACCUGAUUUAGUAGAUGCAAUUUUGUACAUUUGUGCCUUGCUUUAUAAGAUGCUAAAUAAAACCAGAUAAUUAUCAGUAGAAAUAUUAACAAUUCAGAGCUCUAGUCUUCAAAAAUAAUUCUUCUGGCUUAUUUACUUAUGUAGGGCCUGACACCUGUGGAAGAGGGGUGAUGUUGACUUGCCCAUGAAUCUGACUCAGCUGCAAGGGCAAGGCUAGGAAUGCUUUGUCACAUUUUCCAUGGAAUUCUUUGAGAGAGCUGGAGGCAGAGCUGAGCUGCAGGUGCUGGAAUGCUCUUACCCCAGUAAUUAUAAUUCCUAUGGCAAUCCAGCAGAGCAACAAAAUCGAGAUGAGGAGUUUAUUUGGGUAGGGGAGUCUGGUGCCUUUAGGAUUUAAAUUAUUCUUACCCUGCCCUUCUCAUUGCGUUUAAUUUGCAGGAAUAGGCUGGAUGUGUAGAAAGGUGGAGAACAGACAUGCUGGCUGCUUCUUAGGAGGGAUCAUACAGGAAAUCUCAGCACAGAAACUCCUGUAGAGAAUACUGAAGAAAUAUACCCUUGAUAUGUUGCUGAUGCUGACCAUCUUUGCUGAGAUGCUCAGAUGGUCAGGAAGGUUAAUAGUUCUAUCAGGAACAGAUGCUAUGGUUUUGGUCUUGCUUUUGUACAAAAGUAUCUGACUACUUCUGAGGCUGCUUCUGCUUUUCUUUGCUGCUUUUAGGUACCAUGUCACAUGAAGAUUCCUUAGUUUGGCUGAAAACUAAGCCAGGACAAAGAUCCACCUUAUGCUAAAAUAAAAUACAUAAAACUUACAGCCACAUAUUUUAACUGUCAUUUGAUAAAAAAUAUGAAAGCCCUCCAUUUCUGAAGCACGUAAAGACACGUCAUAAUAUAGGACAGUUUCUCUGUAGGUAUUUAAAACCUGUUUGUAGUCAUGUUAUCUGAUGGGGUAAUCAUUACCCAACCACGGGUAAGGCGAUCCAGGGUAGAGAGUAGAGAGUGAUUACAUUGGUACAGUUAACUGUGCAUAGAAAGAGGCUGAACUCUUCUGGAGGUUUGCCAUAACUUGGGACUGUAAAAAAUUGCAUCUGUGUAAAAGCAGCAGCUUUGUUCAUCUAAACUGACUUGUGCAUGCCAGAACCUCUUCUUCCACAGUGCAAGAUCCAGUCCCUCAGUGCAAGUGCCCUUGCUUCUUCUUGGGCUUUGCGUCCUAUUCUAAGCUUAGGGUCUAAAAGCCCAAUGGUGAAGCAUCUGCUAUAACAAAGCCUGUUUGAGCUUGCUGGCUAGAAGACUGCCUUGAGUUAAGGGAGGUUUUAAGGGCUGGUGGGGAACUUUAUCAUCUCUCCAUUUUCCAACAUAAAGCAUGCACUAUCUGAAUGUGGACAGUUUUCCUGGGUUUUUUUUUUUCCUUAGUUUUUUGAGAAAUGCUGAGCUUGAGCUGACUGCAUUUGGUACUUUUGAUUUAGCAGCAGAAUUCAGAUAUACAGGGGUACUAAUCUAUUAAGACCCUUUCUAAACCCCAUUGUUGGCCAAAUGUGUGGGUAGCAGAGUAUUGUCAAGUCUAAGUGUCAGGGAGUGUUUGAGGGUCACUGGAUGAAGGAUGUUUGGUAUGGCCAGAAGCACCGUUAGAGAUUGUGAGACAGCUGCAACAGGAUGAUUUGAUGUUACUGUAGUUGUGUAACUUAACUGCAAAGCAUUUCAUUGUGAUUUUACAGAAAAUACAAAGAAAAGGUAUUCUGUUAAAACAGAACCCUGCUAAAUAUAAGUGGGACAGAUGUCUUAGAACUGAAGAAGUGAGUUAAGUAGUCACAAAAUCUACAAGGUGAAUUGAAUGUACCUUUUCCUAAACAGUAGGAAAUUAUCGGUGCAAAAAGAGCAAGCACAGGUUACAGUAAAAAAAGACAAUCAGUUUUUAAUGCCAUGAAUAUUUUUGAUGGAUUGAGCUCUAAAAGGUAUUUUUAUUGAGUUUCUAGAUUGUAAUGAAUGUGUCUACAGAAUUUUAUGCAAAGCUUGAAAGUUCAGCUGUUUUAAAAUGAUUUUUUUAUAUAGCAGUGAUUAUUUUAUCUAUAUAUUUAAUAGAAUGAUUUUAAGAGUACAUGUAAAAAUCUAUGUAUGUGAUAGGAUUAUUUAUUAAUAAUGACUCAUGAGAAUGAACAUUCAGCUAUGUAUCAGCUGUGUCAUCCGUCUGGAAACUGGGAUCAGGAGAAGAACAGUAGACCUGAAAAACAUCAGAAGUGGUUGAAUGCAAUCGUGUGAUUCUUUAAGCUGCACAGCAGUAUGUCGUUUUGUGAUGUUAAACUUUCAGCAAAAGUUGCAAAAUAUACCAAGCCAUUAAGCUACUUUCUUCCAUUAAAGUUUCCUGAGGCUGAAAUUUCUACAUGUUGAUAUUUGGUGUCUAAACACAGUGAAAUCCUUUACAUCACCUGGAGACUGUCAAUUUAUUCCAACUCGGUAUGACUGUGACUUCUUUAUCCAUGAAAUGCUCCACUGAGUUUAUGGGGGCCCCAUGAAUUACCCAGCAGGGUUUUUUUAGGGUUUCCUGUACCAGUCCCCAGAGAAUCAGAGCUUUAGAAGAUUAUUCUGGCCACUGUAUGUGGUAUCAUAUUCAGCCAUCCAACAAGAUAAUAGUUUUGAUAGUGCAUUAUCACUUAUCACUAGCUUUAAGUACUUGGAGACCCUUACUGCCAAGCUCAAACUUGAAUGCAUCCAGUGAUGUGUUCAGUUCCUCUACUUCUGUGGAAGUCAAUACAGCACUUCUGUGUGCUAAGCACACACUACAGGAUCUGGCUCUGAGGACACUUCAGUCGACAUUAAUCCCAUAGGCCAGGAAGUAGCUGAAGCUUAUGUACUGCCCUGAGCACCGGAUCCCCUCAGAUCCAAUGUACACAAACAAUUACGCUGACUUCAGUAAACCCCCUUGUAUGCAUAGCAUUUGUUUGCCUAAAUUCUGCAUGAUCAACCCUCUCUUUGUUUUAGGAAGGUAACAUCCACUUCCCUUUCUGAUUAAGAGUACAGCAGUGGGAAAUGAGCGUCUGGAAGACAAGGGUGAGAUUACAGGCUGGGAUGUGGCUGUGGAAGUUCCCAAACCACUAGAGCUGAAACCGGUUACCCUGACAAUAGGUUGCCUGCUGUCUUCCAUUAAGAUAACAGGUAGUGGACCUAAAUGGAGGCAAAAAAUCCCUAAGUUGUUGUAGUUCCACAUUGUGCUGGUUUCUGUGAGGUAAAUAAUACCAAAUUCUUGUCAGCAUACCACCGUUAACAGUAAUUCAUAACUGCCCAACUUACUAUGUCUAAACAGGACUUGCAGUGUGGCUUGUCCCAAGCUUGUGAAGUGUACUUGUGCAUUAAAUGAUACAGAACAGUCAUAUUCUGACUCAGCUCUUCCACUUAGUGGCACUUUUGAUGACUUUCCAGGCAGCUUCCACUGGUGAUGUUGUGAAAACAAGAACAGUGUUACUUUCUCACUGUGAGGAAAAUGUCUGGCUUUGUGUGUCUAGAACACAGAGUGGGCUUUGGGGUGAUUCAUACACUUUUUUCUAAAUGAAAAAUUAGAAGGAGCAGUUAAAAUAAUUUUACCUUGAUAAGAAAUACUAAAACCUACCAUUCCAAGAAAGGCUAGAUCCUGACCUCCACUGCUUUGUUCAGGUCAAGGAAUAUUUUAUUCCCGAAGUAGAUUCAUUCCAUUUACUGGGCCUUUCUGGGAUUUCUGAUUCACAGAAUCCAUUUGCUCUCUGUCCAAGGGCCAGUUCAAACGGGGAUCCUGAUCCACAGCCAUUCCUAGACUGUAACAUAAAAUCACCAUUGUUUAGUUUGAAAUGACUGGUCUGAUUGAAACCACAAACUUUCAAAUUAUAUGCUGCUCAUUUCUUUUUUUUUUGAGAGAGAAACAAUGCAGUCAUUUUAAAUGCCAAAUAGCUCAGACUAUUCAAAUAGGGAUUUUUAUUUUAAUUAAAAAAAAAAACAAUUUCUUUUGUCUUGAACAAAAUAGUUCAGCAGGCAAACCACUUUGUGCUAUUGUACUCUGCUGUGUAAAGAACUGAAGAAAGUGCUCUAUCCUUCCUGGUAAAAGUUCUUCAGUUUAAAAUGCAAUCUGUAAACUACUAGACUUUGCUGAAGAUUUAAUGAGAGACAUUUGGAGAAAUAAUUAGGAAGUAAAGAAUGUAACAGUUAAAAUACAGUUCUCUUUGGCAAGUGGUGAGGAAUGAUGGUUAUUUAAGGAAGAACAAAUGCUGGGGGAAUUUGAGUGGUAUCAAAAGACGUACUGAAGGAGAUGCCUUUUUGUGUACUUUCAAAUACAUUUCUUCUGAAUGCUUUCAAUCAGUGGUAUGUACUGGAUGUUUGCACUUGUUGCUCAAAGCUAAUUUUUGUGAGAAAGAAAUAUAUUCUUCUGUAUAGUUGGUACAUUAGAAAAGAAAAUGUUUUUAGCAACUGUUAUGCUGUAAUAAGAAUAGUAUUUACUAGUGAAUAGUUCCACUUUAUUUUAUAAAAUGUCCCAUUUUGAAAUAAAUGGACAGGCUUCCUGUA